UACGCUAACCAUCUAAAGCAGGGCUUAAGCGACAGAGUCGUAGUUCGGACUACUCCUAUUGAAUCGACGUUAUUUAUCUCGCAAACCCUUUUAAGAUGGCACCCGCUGAAGUCAAUCAUACACCGAACCUCUCCACAAACAGAAGAAUGAAAACUCAAGACGAAAAACACGCUCACGAUCUUGCCUGCGACUAUAUUUACUUCCACAAAUUGGGAAUGGAGUCGCACAAAGCUAACACAAGAGUUGCUGCAAUUUUGCGGAGAGUUGGUGGAGAAGUGGAGAGAAGGCAUGAAGUUUUAUUGAAAAAUAUGUGCGAAAGGCUACAUCUUAGAACAGCUAAUGUUGAAGACACUUUUAGAGGCGUCGCGGAGGAAAUUUUCAGCACAGAAAUCAAUUGGGGACGUAUUGUAGUUUUGUACUGCUUUGCCGCUGAAGUUGCUGUAUUUUGCAGCCAAAACGACAUUAAUAUCAUCGACGAUAUUGUUAGAUGGCUUGCUGAAUAUGUCAGCGAGAGAAAACUCAAUGAAUGGAUCAGGAAAUCUGGAGGAUGGGAUGCAUUUUGUGAGCAGUUUAAAGAUGUCAAAGCAGAGAGUGAGAAAUUUUGGUGGAACAGUAUUCUUUACACAACGCUGGGUCUUGGAACCCUGGCUGCAAUGUUGUAUGUGAAGAGCUAGACUCAGCUGUGAUGUAAUGUUCAAAACAACAGUUAUGCCUCAUUCCAGGUCAGGAUAUCUAUGGUACCAAUAUGCAUGGGCUUGCGAUUUGCUCCCUGAAAAGCAGAGGUGACUUAGAGGCUGCAAGAACCAUAGUUGGUCUACUUAGGAUUGUCAAAUAUCACAACAGACAGAAACAUGCUAGACAAGAUUACGACCAUGUUAGUAAUAUAUGUUUGAACUGGUUCCUCUGCAGUGGAACCGUGGGAGUCAGAAAGAAACAGAGAACAUUGAAUUAAACCAAAAACAUCGACAAAGGGCUUGAUCUAAUCAGCCUGCAAGAAAAAUGUUGUGUGGACGUGUAUUUUAGAUCAAAGAUUUUUUCAGAAACAAUUUCUAUAUUUUACCUAGCUCCAGUUAUGGUUAGUUUUUUUUUAAUAAUUCUAGUUAUAUCAAUUUGGGUGAUUAUGAACACUUAACAAUACUUAGCAAUAUCUUGAUCUAGUUAGAGGAGUUGAUAAACAAUAUUUAUGAUAUGACCCUAAUUUCAUUUUUUCUAAUUUGAAGUUAAUGAUUUUAACUUUUAUCUUACAGAUAAAAUUAAAGUAUCCAUGUUAAUGGAGAAUUUUAUUGAAUUAAAUAUGUUGAUCUUUGUUUAAGAAACAGCCUUAGUGUUUGCUCAUACAAAAUUUUGGCUUUUUGCCUGUGGAAUUGUUUUCCAACUUGGAUAAAGUUUGUUUAAGGUGGCUUUUUGCGUUAAAAUAUAUUCUCCGAAUGUGUUCCACUGGCAGUUUAAUGAGAACCAGGGGGAAAACUUAUUUUGAAGGGAUGAAAGUGUCUUUAGAAAAUGAUAAGAAAGCAUGAUAAGGUUACAAAUUUGUUUCAAGGAGUCUAAGAAAGGGCUAAACAAGAAUAGACCUGAAAUCAUUGCAGAAUGAGAGGAGAUGAAUGAUCUCUCAAGGCCAUUGUUUGAACUGAUAAACGGAUGAUUUCAUGUUAUGUAACAUGCGGGCAUUUUGUCAGUACCUCCUCUUGCCAAAUUUCUCAGAUUUUCAUCCAUUUAAGGUCAUUUUUUAUUUCCAAUGCAUUACUUCAUUUGCAUAAGAACAAUAGCCCUAUAUCACUGCCUUAUACAGUUUUUCCGGAAACUAUCUGUUGCUGGAGGGGAUGUAUAUGGCAGAUUUGAGAGUGGAUAGAGGAAUUGUAAUAAGCUUUAAUUUUACGGCGUCCUCGUAAAGGAAUUUAAGAACUGUAAAAGUGUGCGGCGCAAUUGGAGGCCUUGCAAACAAAUCCCGUAGAACAGGCGUGACCUUUUUGCAUUUUUUUAACGAUCGGAGACGAGGAAAGCACAAGAGAAUGAUCUUCUUGGUCUCCUGAAAAACGCCCACAUUCAAGUUUGGUCUACAAGCAGUUGUCACGAUGCACGAGGGCUACAACCGGAAGUGUCACCUUGAACCGCGGGUUUUCUAUGGUCGUGAAAAUUGUUUACAACGUUAGGGAUGUUUGGAUAGCCUACUUAAGCGUCUCAUGCGGAGGGAAGGUGAAAAAUAACUCUCUCUUCCACCAAAAUAAGCUGUUUUAGCAACGAAAACUGUGUUUACACGUGGAGAGCUCGUGAAAUUUCACUGUCACGUUUAAUUUUAACCUGCGUGGUAUCACGGAGAUCACGUGCGUAUUAAACUCGAUACGGACACUUGAAACUUUGUUCGUUGAGCUUGCGAGCUUGCCGUCCAACUGAACUUUGGUUGUUUACAUAAUUGAAACAUUGCAACGGUGGAAAUCCUGUGCAUACGGCUGAUUUCUCAUCUAAGUUAGGAACGAUGAUUUAACACGCAAAAAUCGCCUACCAGCCUGCACCCUCCGUGACCUUCUCUACUGUCGUAGUUGAAUCCUGCACGUAAUUGUUUUUGUAUCUUAUUACAGGGAACUUCUUGCAACACUCAAAUGAAACCAUUUUGAUUGUUUUUA